AUGGACUCCCUGGAGGUGGCACCGGUGGCGCCCGAGCUCCACGCCGAGGAGCACUCCGACGACCAGGACCCGGACGUCGUCGCCAGGAAGGGCAAGGCCAGGAAGGCCAAGGUGGCUAUCAAGGUGGGCGUCAAGCCGUCUCCCACCAAGCCACCCUACCUGCACGUCGGUGGCAGCGGCGGUGGCAUUGGCGCCGGCGGCAAGAAGAAAAAGAAGAAGAAGAACCAGCCGGGAAAAUACAGCCGGCUGGUGAUCGACGUGAUCCGCGCGCUGGGCGAGCGCGGCGGUUCAUCGCUCGCCCGCGUGUACGCCGAGGCGCGCAAGGUGGAAUGGUUCGACCAGGAGCACGGGCGCACCUACCUCAAGUACUCGGUGAAGGCACUGGUGCAGAACGACACGCUGCUGCAGGUGAAGGGCACGGGCGCCAACGGCUCCUUCAAGCUGAACAAGAACAAGCUGGAGAAGAAGGCGGCGGAGGAGAAGGGCAAAUCCAAGCCUCCCGCCCCCACCUCCUCCAAGCCGGUGGGCAAGAAGAGCGUGGUGAAGGCCGAGCCCAAGGCGCUGAGGGGCAUUGCCGAGGAGAAGAAAAAGAAGGAGCAGAAGCAGAAGAGCCUCAAGGAGAAGAACAAGAAGGCCAAGCAUUCCAAGAAGUCCGUGAAGACCUCGGUGGGAAAGUCGGUGUCCAAGGCUAUCGCAAAGGGGAAGAAGCCGACCAAAGUGUCAAAGUUUGGUUGUCCUUCCCCCACACCUCCGAUUUGCACGGUUGACUAUAUGGUGCGAAAAAGGUUUGACAUGUACACACGUAAGCUGGACCGCCUGAUUCGAACUGCGUACUCUGGACUCCAGGGUGCAUGA